AUGGCGCUACACUGUUCAUUAUCGCCAUUUUAUUUGGCGUUUUGGCGCGAUGCAGAUACACAUGCUGAGAUUCCAAGUCAAUUGUGUGACCCUGAGUAUUAUAAAGCUGUAGAAGAAUUUAUGAUUCACGGUCCAUGUGGUGCAGCGAGGAAGAACUCACCUUGCAUGAUAAAUGGUAUUUGCUCUAAAUUCUUCCCCAAAAAAUUUGUUGAAAACUCAACAGUGGAUUUCGAUGGAUAUCCAAUCUAUCGACGUCGAGAUAAUGGUCGUACAAUACGGAAGAAUGGGAUUGACCUUGAUAGUAGAUAUGUUGUGCCACACAAUAGACAUUUGCUUAUGAAGUACAAGGCUCAUAUUAAUGUGGAGUGGUGCAACCAAUCUAGAUCAAUAAAGUACUUAUUCAAGUACGUCAACAAAGGGAAUGAUAGGGUCACAGCUGAAUUCUACAACAGUGGGGUGGAAGAAUCUACUGGGAAAAUUGUAGAUGAAAUCAAGAUGUACUAUGACUGUAGAUAUAUUUCACCCCCUGAGGCUGCGUGGAGGAUUUUUGGGUUUGACAUACAAUUUAGGAACCCAUCUGUUGAGCGUUUGAGUUUCCAUCUUCCCAAUGAGCAAUCAAUAAUAUUUCAUGACGACGAUUUGGUCGAUGAUGUGGUAAAUCGACCAACAGUAGCUCAAAGCAUGUUUACUGUCUGGUUUGAAGCUAAUAAAAAGUAUGCAGCAGGGAGGCAGUUGACUUAUUCACAAAUGCCAACCAAAUUUGUUUGGAAGAAUGAUAAAAGAGAAUGGCAACCUAGGCAAAGAAAUUGGGCAAUUGGGCGAAUCUUUUAUGUGCCACCAAAUACUGGUGAGAUCUUUUAUCUUAGGUGUUUACUUAAUAUAGUUCGUGGACCGACUUCAUUUGAUGAGAUUAAAAAGGUCGAUGGUGUUCAAUACAAUUCAUUUAGAGAUGCGUGUUAUGCCCGCAGAUUAAUCGAAGAUGAUAAAGAGUAUAUUGAUGCAAUCACUGAGGCAGCAACGUGGUCUUUAGCAAGUUCUCUACGGAAGUUGUUUGUUACCCUUUUAACAUCCAGUUCGAUGUCCAAACCAGAAAAUGUUUGGGAGAUGGUUUGGCAAUACUUAUCAGAUGAUGCUGAAUAUGUUUAUAGAAGGAACCUCUCAGUCUCAGAUUUAAAUAUGAAUGAAUCUCAAAAAAAGAAUUUUGCGAUGCUUGAAAUGGAGAAAUUGUUGAAUGCUUGGAACAAAUCUCUAUCAGAUUACCCACCUAUGCCAAUGCCAGAUGGAAACAAUGAUUGGAUUUGUGGUAAUAGGUUGUUGUUAGAGGAAAUGUCAUAUGAUAGGGAAGCUCUAAUGCAUCAACAUAAUUCGUUGCAUCCGAAACUAACUGAUGAAUAG